CCUUGCACAGCCGUAUAUAAAAACGAAAUAAUAAAAACAUAGUUGUCAAAAUUUUUGUAAACACAACACAGCAAGCAAUAAACAUAAUUAUAAAAUUGUAAAAUGCAAAAAGCAUAUAUCGUAGCUUCGCUAAACGUACCGGAAUAUAACAGGGAAAUCUUUGAAUCGAAUGUUGAAGCGAACACGCUUAAAACAAUAUGCCAGGGUGACCUGUACGUCGUCGGGAACCUAUGGAUCCAGGCCCUCCGAAGUGUCCUCGUCGGUGCCAACUUCUCCCUCUUCCCAACAGUCAAGGCCGCCAAACCGGGCGAUGCCGCGCCAGAAAAACCCCCGCCCAUGAAAUACAAAGACCUUCCGAUCUACGAAAGUCCUCACUAUGAGUACAAAGACUACGUGGAAGACAAGAAAAAAAACCCAAGAGCUAACAUCAAGCUGAUGCACCAAUACCUCUACCCGAAGGUCAGGAGCGUCAGGAAGGAGUGGACGGAGUCGAUCCUCGAACUGAAGAAGGACUUUGGAGAGAUAAUGUCAGAUGCCUGCGCACACCUGAACAAGAAAAAAAAAGAGUUCAAGAAAUAUAUGAGGGACUCGGAAAACGUGGCCGUGCGGCAGGCGGUGGUAGCUCUAGGGUCAGUGACAGGGUACUACGCGGGCUCCGGGAGGGGCAUCCCUCGGAGGCUGUUCUACACCAGCCUCGGGGCCCUGGCGGCAGGGGCCCUCUGCUUCCCCAAAGAAACGGACGAAAUCUUCAGAGAAGUUUCGUAUCGCGCCGCGAAAUCUGUUUUGGCCUUGUACAACACCACUUGUGGGAAAAAUAUCACCAUGCGGGAAAGGAUCCCGUGUCCCCGCGACAUGCCGCAAAUUUCUGCCACUAGACCACCGGGGAACAAGUGCCCUCAUAACACUCCAGUAAAUGCUAAGUAAAAUGAUAUUAAUUAAUUAUUUAUAGAUUAUACAUAUACAGUGAGCUGGGUUUUUUGGCAACCAAUAAACACUAUUAAAAACCGC